CACGUAUUUCAAUCCUGGUGGACAUGCUGGCGCUGGCACGCCAUGGUUGCCAGGCUGGGUGCCCUGGACGCGCCGCUGGACCUACGCCUUGCGAGCGCCGCGCGCGUAGCGCCAGAGGCCUUGGCGGCGCUGGGCACGUACCGAGACCUGCACCCCUUGCGCUUCAACCAGCGCCACGUGUACCAAAACGACCUUACGGGGCACCUGCUGGCAUAUCUAGACAAAUCCCAGAGAUGGGCCCUUUGCUGGCCGAGGGCCCCGCGACAUCGUUUGCAUAGGCCGCGGGCCUGCAAGCCAAUGGCCACCUAUGAGGCCUUGGAGCUGGAGCGCACCUUGUGGCAUGGCGGCGCUGGGCACUUCCUCACCAUGCCGCUGCCUGCGGGUAGGCAGUUCUUCUUCAACCACACGGGCUUCCAGCCGAUCCUCGCGGAGUUCGCGGAGGCGCCGGCGCGGGUAGCUGCGCUGCUGCGGCUCGGGGAGUUCUUGUGGCGACCGGAGCCCUUCGACUUCUUUCUGGCCGACAUCAGCCGACAGGUGGGUUUCUUCGAGCGGCCAGUGAUGAACUUGUGGACGAUGGGCAGCCACUUCUACCAGCAGGCCUUCGCGGAUGCCCCGUCUGCGCCCUGCUGGGGCGGGGGCUACCUGCCGCAGCUCUGCUGCGCCCCACGGCUCUCCGCGGAGCGCAGGAGCUGGUGCUUCGGCUCAGACCGGGAGAUCGAGAAGCACUGCUGCGGGGCAUUCCUCAAAGACCGCCCACGGCCGAAGUCCAUCGAGGCGGCAGCAGCGGCGCCAGCAGCGACCUUGAGCGUCAAGGUGCAGAUCUUUGUGCAGAGCUACCACAAGGACCGCUUCGCGCUGGUGCCGUUUUUGGAGUCCCUGGACCUCUUCUGGCCCAGCGCCUGGAACUCCACCGUGUUUUUGGCCGUGGACCACACGGACUCGGACCGCGCGCUCUGCGCAGAACUGGAGGCGCGCAGCGGCACGGCGGUGCGGUGCAUCUUCCCCCAGGCGGUGCUGAGGAGGAAGUCGCGGGUCGACUCCAUCGAGUGGAGUGGCCGAUCAGUCAGCAAGAGGUACCAUCGCGAGCUCUUGCAGUAUCACUACCUGCUCUCUGAUGUGUACAUCGAGCAGAUGGGGCAAGAGGCAGACUGGGUCGCCUGGUUCGAUGCGGACGUGGUGCUGUUCCGGUCACCGCAGCCGGGGUUCCGGGGCGCGAAGCCGCUGCUCUUCGGGCGCCCGGGCUUGAGCUACUCCAUGGCCACCUUGGCGCUGCGGAGUUCAUGGACACCUUCCCCAUCUUCGUGCGGCCGGCGCACCUGCGCCGCUUCCGCGGCUUCUUGGAGACCAGCUUCCAGGAGCCGGACUUCGAAUCUGCGUACCAGGCCUGGCGCGUUGCCACCGAAGAGGCCGCCCUGGUACAUGCGCGCCACGACUCGUACAUGGCGGAGGGAGAGUGUCCGCAAAGCGCCUUGCCCACGUAUUUGUAUCACUUCCACCGGGAGGACUACUCCUGGGCCCUGGAGGACGGCGCCCUCUUUGGCCUGCAGCCGGAGGACACGUGCCUGGGCUUUCGAGUGGCUAGCCACCUGAGCCCCUGGAAGCACAAGGUGAAGAACGGGUCGUGGCCGGAGGCGGAGUAUGUGCGCCGCGCCCGGCGCCUCAUGCGCCUCCAGCAGCAGAACGGCGCCUCGCGCCGUGUGGCGUUGCUGAGCGCCAGCUUCGACCCGGCGGCCACCUGGAGUCAGCGUAGCUCAGCGCACUGCGAACA